AAAAAAUAGUGAGCCGCAAAUGCAGCUUGUAUGGUGUACAGAAGACAGAAGAAGCAGUUUCUUCUUCUUUUCUUGAUCGAUUAAACUCUUCUCAAGUCUGUGUUGUUGUUCCAGUAUCCAUGGAACCGAAGAACCAGAAAUAUGCUGAUGAUAGAUUCAGCAACCUUCCAGACGAAAUCGUUCAUCACAUUCUUUUUUUCCUUAGGAGGAUGAAGGACCUUGCGAGACUAAGCGUCGUAUCAAAAAGAUGUAAAGAGUUGUGCAUAUCAAACCCAAAUUUGUUUUUGAGUAACAUGAACGACAAAUCAGUUGGAUCUCACUUCAACAGCUUUGUGGAUAGAUUCAUGGCUCUCCGCUGCUUGUAUGGGGUGAGGACGGAGCGAUUUCAGCUCCGUUGGUCUUUCUUCGAUCAAGACGAAGGAAACCGGGUGGAGACGUGGUUGCAGCAUGCAGUAAACUUGGGUGGUGUUGCAGUAAUUCGCCUCAAAUUCAUUCACCCCCACCCCGCAAAACGCUUCGCCUUGCUACUUUGUGUUUUGCGUUGUAAUUCUCUAAGGUUCCUCGAGGUCGAUGCCGGGAAUGCCUUUCUCACAUUACCCUCUACAUUAUCAACGGAUCCUUAUUUUGCUACAAAGCUCCAGUUCUUACACUUAGCCUCCAUUAAAAUUGAAAAAGACUGCAAUUUUGGAGAAUUGAUUUCAUCUUUCAAGUCCCUCAAGGUAUUGAUGCUUAACGAAAUACGCAGGGUAAAGAGCAUGACUAUCACCAGCUCGUCUAUUGAAAUUUUAUUCAUUAGAAGUAUUGGUUGCCUCCUCUGCGAUAUUGACAUUCAGCAGACAGACAAACUCUACAACCUUCAACUAAUCUGGUUUACCAGAUCUUCUACCAGUAAUUCACUUAAAAUCUCUGCUCCCAAUCUCCAAAAAUUUGGCUGGAGUGGAUUUGUUGUCGAUUACUACUGUAUGAGGGAUUCGCCACAUCUGUUGCAUGCCGUAAUUGGUCUUCAUCUACCUGCUCAACCGAGGGGGAAUCAAGCUUCUACCAAGGAUACCUUGGUUAAGCUUCUUCACAGCCUACGAAAGGCUAGACAUCUAAAACUACUGGAUUGUUUUGCUGAGGCUUUACUUAAGCAGGGUUGCUUGCCAUUUUCAUUUGAUAAUGUUGAGCAUUUAACUGUGGAUAGAACUUCAAGUGGUGACCAAGUCCUACCAUUGUCCUCCCUUCUCAGAGGAACACCUAAUCUAAAGCUUCUCAAUCUACAUGUUCAUCCUAGUGUGAUAAACUCAACACCAUCGUCUUCGAGAGAUCUUCCAUUUAAGAUGGAAUAUUGGCAAUCUCAAAACUUCAUGUUUACUCAUCAACUGAAAACAGUAGCUGUGCAGCUUUUCGAUAGAGAGAAUGAAAUAGAACUCAUCAAAUAUUUGCUCAAGAACGCAGAAAAAUUGGAAGAGAUGGUCGUUUUGUAUACAUCUCAAGUGUCAUCACAUGUCAUUUCUGAGUUAAGGAAGUACAAGAAGCCUUCAACAAAAGUGUUUCUACGUUCAAAAUCAUACAAUAAAUUGGGUCGUGUUUGUGCUAUUCGUGGUAGAAGACUCGUGUAAUUAAAUUUCCUAUGAUGUUAAAGAUAUGAGAGAUGGUUGACCUUUCUGAUAAUCAAAUGGUGUGGUAAAUGUUU